AUGUUUAAGACCGUGACUGGGCUGUUAGCCAUACCUGUUGCUCUGAUCACUACCAUCUUUGCGACGCCUGCGUACAGUCAAGACUGGCCUUACAACUUACCUCCAGAUGCGAAGUACUAUCCUGAACACGAACACCGUAUCAGGAGAGAUGUCGAGAUACAGCAGAAACUCAAUCUGACCUCACCAUGCGGCAUGCGAAAGAUGAGCGACGAUGAAGGUGAAAAGUUCUUUCUGGACUACUGGCAAUUCAACGAGCAGGCAUUCGACUCCAUUGAGAUGGAUAAGCCUCUGCACGCUCGACGUUCAGUCAGCUCUGCAGCACGGUUGUUGAACAUAUCCAACGUUGAAGAGUUGCUUCCACCACUGCUCUUGCAUGAAAAAUCUCAACAGUUUAUCCCCAAUCACAGGUUUUUUGAUCGCAGCUUGUCCGAAAGAGCGUUCCAAUGCCCGUCUGAAACUAACAGCUGCGAAUCGAUUGGAUACCCAAACAGCUGCUGUGCGACUGGCGAAACUUGCAUUUCUCUACCAGCCAACGAUGGAGCAACGAUAGGCUGCUGUCCUGACGGUGCGAGCUGUGGAGGGCAGAUUGGGUUGUGUGAUACUGCUGCAGGAUACACAAGUUGCAAAAAUGAUAAUGGUGGUUGUUGUAUUCCUGGCUAUACCUGCCAGGGUAUUGGAUGCGUAUAUGCAUCGACCGCUACAACUACCACUACACUGCCAAUAGUUACUGUGACUACUGGCGCUUCGUGGUCGACAUUAUCUGAUAGCACGACCACUGAAACCUUCGUCAUUCCAGCGACUUCUGCAUCGCAACCAGGCUCGAUCUGCACCACGACGACCACCUUAGUGGUCACAACUUCUGGGAACGCCAUGACAACGACAGUCGUUGAAACGACGACCGUCCUUCCAUCUUCGGCCGCGUCGACAACAUCAUUAACUUCUUCGACACGGCCUAGCUCUUCGUCUCCAGGCCAAGGCCCACUAACAUGCAGUCCUGGUUUCCAGACAUGCCCAGCAAGCCUUGGUGGUGGUUGCUGUCCGACUGAUCGAGCUUGUGGCUCUCUGACUUGCCCACCACUAUCCACUGCUGCUCCACCUGUUUUGCCAACAAGCGGAACUGGACCAGUCUCGACCUCAGCAUUGUCGUCGACUACCGAAACGCGCAGGACCACUUCAACGUCCAAUACUGUUAGCUAUUCUGGCUGUCCGACCGGUUUUUAUAUGUGCAGCGCGUAUUAUCUGGGUGGAUGCUGUCGAGUCGGAAGAGAUUGUGACACGACGAGUUGUCCUGCUUCUGCAAGCACCACGAUAGCUACCAAUUCUGGACUGACCGUGAUUGCUCCCAGCGGCGCUAGCUCUGCAGCCCCGACUGGAAAUUGUGCUAAUGGCUGGUUUAGUUGUGCAGCCAGCGUAGGCGGAGGAUGUUGCCCUUCUGGCUAUGGUUGCGGGACUAGCUGUACAGCUAUGGCCAGCGGACAGAGUAAUGUUGGCAAGGGAGCGCCUAGUGAGGCAGCAAAUGCAAGAGCAUGCAAAUGGAUCAUCCUGAGCUUGAGCAUACUCUCAGGACUUGGAAUGAUAUUGCUAUAA